GUAUGUUUAUGAAUGAUUUUUGGAGGUACGCAUGGGUUUGGCGUUAUGGUUUCGGUGGUCAUCUUUUUUGUUUUUUGUGUCCUGUCCUUUGUUUGGAUUGAUGGAUAAUGGGCGAUGCCAAAAUGUAUUUAGAUAUAUAUCAAUGUAUAUUCAGUUGGAUAAUACGUUUGUCUCUUAGGCUACUCUGUACAAAUGUGGUACCUUCAACUACCAAGAUGAACCGAGAAAACAGGUCUUUACGAGAUUUCAUUCGUAUGUACAGAUACAGGCUCGCCUACCUCGUCAUGGCUGUCUUUUUGUUACCUCGAGGUAAUACCCAAGAGGAAAAACCCGGUUGGUUUUAGGACUAAGGGGAUAUCCGUGCAGCCGUUGAACAGGUAUUGCCCGGCUGGUAUCGUUCCUCAUCGAGGCCCCAGACAGCAUCGUUCAAGC